CGGCGACGGCGCCGACGGCGGCGGGAAGGGCGGACGGGGCGGGCCUGGCUGGUGGCGCGUAGCCCGAGGAGCCCGACAACGGGCGGCGGGCGAAGCUCGGGGGCCGGGCACCCGAACUUGGGACAACUUGCCGGAACCGCAGGGCGCCGGCGGCGGACAGAUUGACCUUCAGAGAGAGGGAGGCCGAACCAGCCGCUGCCAUGGCAUCGCGCAUCGGGCUGCGUAUGCAGCUCAUGCGGGAGCAGGCGCAGCAGGAGGAGCAGCGGGAACGCAUGCAGCAGCAAGCCGUCAUGCAUUACAUGCAACAGCAGCAGCAGCAGCAGCAGCAGCAGCUGGGAGGGCCACCCACCCCAGCCAUCAACACCCCAGUCCACUUCCAGUCGCCACCACCUGUGCCUGGGGAGGUGCUGAAGGUGCAGUCCUAUCUGGAGAACCCCACCUCCUACCACCUGCAGCAGUCGCAGCACCAGAAGGUUCGGGAGUACCUGUCCGAGACCUACGGGAACAAGUUUGCUGCCCACGUCAGCCCAGCCCAAGGCUCCCCGAAGCCUCCACCAGCCGCAUCCCCCGGGGUGCGAGCUGGACACGUACUGCCCACCUCGGCUGGCAACAGUGCCCCCAACAGUCCAAUGGCCAUGCUGCACAUCAGCUCCAAUCCUGAGAAAGAGUUUGAUGACGUCAUCGACAACAUUAUGCGCUUGGACAACGUGCUGGGCUACAUCAACCCUGAAAUGCAGAUGCCUAACACGUUACCCCUGUCCAGCAGCCACCUGAAUGUAUACAGCGGUGACCCCCAGGUCACAGCCUCCCUGGUAGGUGUCACCAGCAGCUCCUGCCCUGCCGACCUGACCCAGAAGAGAGAGCUCACAGAUGCUGAGAGCCGCGCCCUGGCCAAGGAGCGACAGAAGAAAGACAAUCAUAACCUAAUUGAGAGGAGGCGCAGGUUCAACAUCAAUGACCGAAUCAAGGAGCUGGGAAUGCUGAUCCCCAAGGCCAAUGACCUGGAUGUGCGCUGGAACAAGGGCACCAUCCUCAAGGCCUCUGUGGACUACAUCCGGAGGAUGCAGAAGGACCUGCAGAAGUCCCGAGAGCUGGAGAACCACUCUCGGCGCCUGGAGAUGACCAACAAACAGCUCUGGCUCCGCAUCCAGGAGCUGGAGAUGCAGGCGCGAGUACACGGCCUUCCCACCACCUCACCGUCCGGUGUGAACAUGGCUGAGCUGGCCCAGCAGGUGGUGAAACAAGAGCUGCCCAGCGAAGAUGGCCAGGGGGAGGCCCUGAUGCUGGGGCCUGAGGUCCCCGAGGUCCCUGACCCUGAGCCGAUGCCGCCUCUCCCUCCCCAGGCCCCGAUGCCCGCAGCCGCCCAGCCACAGUCUCCAUUUCACCACCUGGACUUCAGCCAUGGCCUGAGCUUUGGGGGUGGGGGCGAUGAGGGCCCCACAGGAUACCCUGACCCCCUGGGAACGGAGCAUGACUCCCCAUUCCCCAACCUGUCCAAGAGGGAUCUGGACUUGAUGCUUUUAGACGACUCCCUGCUCCCCCUAGCCUCCGACCCCCUCUUCUCCACCAUGUCCCCUGAGGCCUCCAAGGCCAGCAGCCGUCGGAGCAGCUUCAGCAUGGAAGAGGGUGACGUUCUGUGACGCUGGCUGCCCCUGUGCCAAGGAGCAGGGGCUGCCUGGGGGCUGGGAGGACGGGACAGAGCCCUCCCAUCCCUCAGGCUGCACUCGGUGUGACGUAGCUGCCUACCUUGCCUCUUCUCCUUCCCCUUGGUUGGCCCCCUGUUUGGACUUAGUGCCUGCCUGGUAGCCGGUGGGGCAGGAGAAGCCCUCCCAUCCGGCUUAGGGCCCCCCCUCUUCUGGGGGGCAGUACUAUGAAUUGUGAUGGGGAAGAACAAGGGUGAAGUGGAUGAGAAAUAAGAAAAAAGCCUGGCAGGGGAGGCCGUCUCUUCUGAGCCUGGGCCCUCCCUUGAAGGACAUUUUGGAUUAGGAGGUACAAGAAGUACCCCUGAGGCAGCAGCUGGUCUCGGGGUGCCCAGGCCUGCCUUCCUGGGACUAGAUGGCACCCAGCCUGUCCUCCAGCCUGAUACUUCCCCCACAGGUUGGGCACCCACCCCCCUUUGGUGCUAACAGCUCUCCCUGGUGGUAUGAGGGUGGGGUGGCCAGAAGAGGAGUCUGGGUUCAGGGUGGAGAGCACCCCCACCUCCGGACCUCCCACUUUGUGCCUUUAGUAAACACUGUGCUUUGUACAAUGGUGUCCUGACUCUGCGGUGCGGCCUCAGCCUACAACAGUGGGGAACCAGCCCAGUGGGCCCCUUCCUGGAUUCAGAGUUC